UAAUAGCUCUGCGCAGAGCACAUAUGACCGUCCGCUGAGAGGCUGAAAGGAUCAACCGUGGCUGCUGAGGUUCCGAGUGAAUAUACCGGAGGAAGAACCAACCGAGAGGUGUUGGUUAGUCCAUUGCCAUGGAGGGCGAGGUUGUCACCAUAGAGGCAGCUCAGGCUGCAGCCAUGGCCGCCGAAGGAAAGGUCCUGCCAGAAGGCGGGGAGGCUUUGAUGCAAGCGGCGCAGGGCGACGUGACCGGGAACAUGGACAUGAUGGUGAUGGAUGCUCUUGAUCCGACUCUGUUGCAAAUGAAGACGGAGGUUUUGGAAGGAGGCGGCACAGUAACUGUUACCGGUGGAGAUGAGGGUCAGAUCAUCACGCUCCAGGUGGUAAAUAUGGAGGAACAAGCAGGUGCUGCGUUGGGUAUUGGUCAGCUUCAGCUCGUACAGGUACCUGUGUCUACAGCUACUGUAGAGGGACUCCAGGCCACUUUUGUUGAAGCGUCAGCAGCUAACAAGGAUGUAGAACCAGUUAUUUGUCACACACUUCCUUUGCCUGAAGGUUUCCAGGUUGUAAAAGUGGGCGCCAAUGGUGAAGUUGAAACAGUGGAGCAGGAGGAGCUCCAAGCUGCCCAGGAUGAGCUCCAUGGAACGAGGGAGGAGGAGGAGGAAGAAGAAGAGGAGGAGGACGAGGAGACGGCAGAACUGGAAACAGCUGUCCCUCAACAAGACGACCCGCAGUGGUCGAAAGACCCAGAUUACCAGCCCAUUACCACGGUCCGUAAGGGGAAGAAAGGGAAAAAGAGUCGCCUUCGCUACGCGGAGGGUGAUCGGGACAUGGACGUGUCUGUGUAUGACUUUGAGGAGGAGCAGCAGGAGGGGCUGCUGUCGGAGGUGAACGCAGAGAAGGUUGUGGGCAACAUGAAGCCUCCGAAGCCCACUAAGAUCAAGAAGAAAGGCGUGAAGAAGACUUUCCAGUGUGAGCUCUGUAGCUACACCUGUCCAAGACGCUCUAAUCUGGACCGUCACAUGAAGAGCCACACAGAUGAGAGACCACACAAGUGUCACUUGUGUGGACGAGCCUUCAGGACAGUCACACUGCUGAGAAACCAUCUCAAUACACACACAGGCACYCGGCCUCAUAAAUGCACAGAUUGUGACAUGGCAUUUGUGACCAGCGGUGAGUUGGUGCGCCAUCGCCGCUACAAACACACACACGAGAAGCCGUUCAAGUGUUCCAUGUGUGACUAUUCCAGUGUGGAGGUGAGCAAGUUGAAAAGGCACAUCCGCUCUCAUACAGGGGAGCGGCCCUUCCAGUGCAGCCUGUGCAGCUACGCCAGCAGAGACACUUACAAGCUGAAGAGACACAUGAGAACACAUUCAGGUGAGAAGCCGUACGAGUGCUACAUCUGCCAYGCUCGUUUCACACAAAGCGGCACCAUGAAGAUGCACAUUCUGCAGAAACACACRGAGAACGUGGCCAAGUUCCACUGCCCACACUGUGAUACUGUCAUCGCACGCAAGAGUGACCUUGGUGUUCACUUGAGGAAGCAGCACUCGUUUAUUGAGACGGGCAAGAAGUGUCGUUACUGUGAUGCUGUCUUCCAUGAGCGCUAUGCUCUCAUCCAGCAUCAGAAGACUCACAAAAAUGAGAAGCGYUUCAAGUGUGACCAGUGUGAUUACUGCUGCAGACAGGAACGCCACAUGAUAAUGCAUAARCGCACACACACGGGGGAGAAACCGUUUGCCUGUAGCCAGUGUGACAAGACAUUCCGUCAGAAACAGCUGCUGGACAUGCACUUCAAGCGCUACCAUGAUCCCAACUUUGUCCCCACUGCUUUUGUCUGCAGCAAGUGCAGCAAGACGUUCACCCGCAGGAACACCAUGCUGCGUCACGCCGAGAACUGCAUGGGUGAACCUACUGGAGAUGAAAAUGGAAUUCCAACUCCCAAGAAAGGGCGCCGUGGCAGGAAGAGAAAGAUGCAGUCCAGGAGGGAUGAUGAUGACGACGACGAUGAAGACAACACUGAGGGAGAACUGGAUGAAAUCGAGGAAGAGGAUGAAAUGUUAGUCGACAUGGAGGUGGAGCAGGCCGCACCAGUUGUUCCCAUUCCAGCMCCAGUGGAGCCCCCAGUCAAGAGGAAACGUGGACGCCCCCCAAAGAUUAAGCCUGACGCGGCUGCCAUCAUCCRCGUGGAGGACGAGGCCACCGGAGAGGUCGAUGACAUCAUCGUGAAGAAGGAGGUCGGCACUGAACUAGACGAUAUCGAAGCGGAGGAGGUGGUGAUCGGCGGCGUCAAGUCGACCAUUCAGAUGGAGGAGCUGGCUGAGGAAGGGGAAGCGGCGCCGGAGGUGCAGCUGGCUGAGGCCCCUCCCAAUGGAGACCUGACUCCUGAGAUGAUCCUCAGCAUGAUGGACCGGUGAUGGGUGUGAGAGUGGAAUCUGUAAAAGAGGAAGAAAAAAAACACACCCAGACCCUUGAUUUUAUUUUAAUUCUUGUUAUUUAGGAUAAACACUUGRCACCAUGCGCAGAAACAAAACAUCACAGUUGUAAUUUAAAAUUUACUUUAAUCAUGUAUUGAGAAAAGACUCGGACAAGAGGGGAAAAAAUUUUAAUGAGGAUUUACAGAACCAAAAAAAAAAAACAUUUUAAUACAGUUUGAAGUGGCUGUUUUUAUGGCAGGGUCUUAAUUUGAGUGGCUUUUGGAGAACGUGGUUUGUUUUGUCAGGUUCGACUCUCGACUACAUUUUUAGUACAACAGUCUGUGGGGAAAGAUUUUGAUGUUGGUUUGUUUUCUUCAAUAGAUGAUGGUACUGCAUCUAUUGUAAAAUCUUACAUCAAACCAAACAAAAACUGACUUAGGACCUGCGUUUGUUUUCUGUGUGGGCUGUCUGUAUGAAUAAGCCACUCUCAGAAAGACACUGCCACUAAUAACAAACACUUCAAAAAAUAAGAACUAUGAGAUAUCUUGGAAUAUUUUUUUUCUUCUGUGGUUAGUAAAUACUUGUUUUUUUUUUAAUCAUAUACUAGUUUUUAAAAGCUUGAUAGACUGCUUAUCUCCUGCUCUUUUCCUGCUACUGUAAUACCUGUAGAAGAUGUGUAUGUACUAAACUGUCACAGAUGAGUGCAAGGGAAGAAACAUUUGCUCUCAUGUGUAGUCAUUCCACUUUGAGUUGUUUUUCCUUUUGUACCACUGGCAAAGCGAAGUAGCAGCUUGAACGACUUUUAAUACCUGUGUGGCAGAUUGGGGGGGAUUGACUGUACAACCGAUAAUAAAAAAAAAAAAGAAAAUAGUAGUCAUGAAACUGAUGUUUAGUUUUCUGCAGCUGUAAUAAUUUACAAUGAAUUCAAACAGGGAGAAAAAGCCUUGUUUAGAUUAACGAUGUUAUUGGURCAGUUACAAGAAAAACAGUUUGCUUGACUUAUUAAAAUUGGYUGGGAAACUGAAUGAUUCGAAAAAUGUCAGCUUAUUUUGCUUGCAAAUAUAUUUUAUUAAAUGGGAAAACUUGA